AUGGUGGGAACAGUGGACAGACCAGGCCAAAUUGACGAAACUUAUUUUGGUGGUCGGCGCAAGUAUGAUCGAGGGAGGUUUCUUCAGGGAGACAACGCUGCAGAAGAGGAAGACUCUGAUCCAGUCCAAAACAACCGCAACCAUGGUCGCCGCAUUGAUGGACGGUGGGUAUUCGGACUCAAAAAUGGGAUGGACGUAAUAAGGCUCUCCGUAGUGGAGAAACGGGACGGAGCUACUCUCGAACCAAUAAUCAAGCGGAAAGUAGCUCCAGGAUCAGUGAUCCACUCAGACGAAUGGCCUGCCUACAGACCGUUCAAUGCUGCUGGAUUCGUACACAGCACUGUAAAUCACCAACAGAACUAUGAAGAUCCAAAUACAGGAGUUCAUACUCAAAAUAUAGAAAGAGUGUGGCUCGAUACAAACACAAAAAUAAUGAAUACCACGCGAGGAACCCCAAGACACCUUCUACAGGCGCAUUUAAACGAGUAUUCCUGGAGAAUAUUUCGUCUUGACGCUGAUGACCUUUUUAUGCGAGAGAGAGAGAGAGAGAGAGAGAGAGAGAGAGAGAGAGAGAGAGAGAGAGAGAGAGAGAGAGAGCACAAGAGAGAGAGAGAGAGAGAGAGAGAGAGAGAGAGAGAGAGAGAGAGAGAGAGAGAGAGAGAGCAGAUAGAGAGAGAGAGAGAGAGAGAGAGAGAGAGAGAGAGAGAAAAGAAACGAGAGAGAGAGAGAGAGAGAGAGAGAGAGAGAGAGAGAGAGAGAGAGAGAGAGAGAGAGAGAGAGAGAGAAAAGGGAGAGAGAGAGAGAGAGAGAGAGAGAGAGAGAGAGAGAGAGAGAGAGAGAGAGAGAGAGAGAGAGAGAGAGAGAGAGAGAGAGACAGUGACGCGAAGAGAGAAGAAAAAAAUGAUGGAGGGAGGAAGAGAGGGAGGGAGAGAGAGAGAGAGAGAGAGAGAGAGAGAGAGAGAGAGAGAGAGAGAGAGAGAGAGAGAGAGAGAGAGAGAGAGAGAGAGAGAGAGAGAGAGAGAGAGAGAGAGAGAGAGAGAGAGAGAGAGAGAGAGAGAGAGAGAGAGAGAGAGAGAGAGAGAGAGAGAGAGAGAGAGAGAGAGAGAGAGAGAAAAGAGAGAGAGAGAGAGAGAGAGAGAGAGAGAGAGAGAGAGAGAGAGAGAGAGAGAGAGAGAGAGGCAGAGAGAGAGAGAGAGAGAGAGAGAGAGAGAGAGAGAGAGAGAGAGAGAGAGAGAGAGAGAGAGAGAGAGAGAGAGAGAGAGAGAGAGAGAGAGAGAGAGAAUUAUCCACAUUUUUUACAAAACUAUAACAAAUGAAGAAAAACUAUAAGGAUAACCACUACAAAAGACAUGUGACAAUAACAACAUGCUUAGGAAGUUAAUACUGAGACAGCAGCAGCAGCAGCAGCAGCAGCAGCAGCAGCAGCAGCAGCAGCAGCAGCAGCAGCAGCAGCAGCAGCAGCAGCAGCAGCAGCAGCAGCAGCAGCAGCAGCAGCAGCAGCAGCAGCAGCAGCAGCAGCAGCAGCAGCAGCAGCAGCAGCAGCAGCAGCAGCAGCAGCAGCAGCAGUGCACUGCCAACCUUUUCAAUGAUUACUUUGCUAACGUUGGUAAAAGCACUUUGGAGAAGACUCACUCAUGUCACUCCACACGCCUCCCAACUACAGAUUCACUUGAUAAUAUUGACUCCAACUGUCUGUUCAGACCAGAACCAGUUGACUGGCAAACUUUAGUCCUUACCAUUGCAUGUAGGAACAACAGUGACGCAUCCUGUGUUGGUGACACUCGCAGUGCCCACGUCAACACCAGGCAGACUGAACACCUACACGUACCCAGCUGUCACACCUGCUUUGCCACCAUGUCUUUCUAA